GACUCUCCCACGAAACUGGGCUUCCUGGGAUUCCCGGUAUCCGUCAAACAGCUUAUCAGAAGUGCCAUAAUGGCGUAUACGGAAUACGAAGUGGCCUUUGAGAACCUAUAUUUGCAAUCAGGUUCCACCGAGGAUAUGGUCUUCUACGUCAGGCCAGGUCACGGGCUCAAUCUCGUCAAGGAUGCAUGGCCUAUUUACGACCUGUCGGUGUGAACGCAUAACCUGUUCGUGGAAGCACAACGCAUGCCUAUGCCUCGUCAAGUGAUUGCAGAAGCCACAGAACCAUGCGUGUCGCCACUUGGGCGUACCAACCAAGCACAAGCCAUUCGCCGACAACAGCGGCCUAUGCGGGGGAGGUCUGGGUCGUUUGCUACGCUGGCAACGGGGUAUAAAAUGUUCGAGGGACAUGCUCCAUCUCCUCAGCUCGGGAUCCACCCAGUUCUUCGUCCAGCCCCUUCACGAAUAUCGCCCUCACCAUGUUCGCUGCGACGCUCCUCUGCCAGAUUCUCCUCGCCACCGCGGCGUUUGCCAUCCCGACGUCCAAGGAGCGUCUGGCACAGCGCGUUGCUCGUCGUUCCUCUGGUCUCACCCACCAGGGCCGCCCUAACCAGGUGGUUGCGCGUCCCGCGGCUGAGGCUGGAUCCAACUCCACGCACGCCGAGUUCAGCAGCAACUGGUCGGGCGCCGUCUUGGUUGCUGGAUCUAACACCUUCAAGUCCGUAACUGGCACCUUCACCGUUCCCACCCCCAAGGAGCCUUCGGGCAGCUCUGGCACUCACUCCGCUUCGGCGUGGGUCGGUAUCGAUGGAGACACCUGCGGCAGUGCCAUCCUUCAGACUGGUGUUGACUUCACCGUUUCUGGCUCCUCGACCUCCUUCGAUGCCUGGUUUGAGUGGUUCCCCGACUUCGCGACGGACUUCACCGGGUUCAGCGUCCGCUCUGGCGACUCGAUCACCGCGACCGUCACCGCGACCUCGCUCACGGGCGGCACGGCGACGCUCGUGAACCACCGGUCCGGCCAGACCGUGUCGCACACGUUCUCCGGCCAGCCCGCGCUCUGCCAGGAGAACGCGGAGUGGAUCGUCGAGGACUUCGAGGAGGGCAGCUCGCUCGUCCCCCUCGCCAACUGGGGCACCGUCACCUUCACUGGCGCCUCUGCCGGUCUCUCCAGCGGCUCCGAGGGCCCCUCGGGCGCGACCAUCAUCAACAUGGAGCAGAACAGCCGCGUGCUGACAUCCGUCUCUGCCUCCGGGUCCACCGUCACGGUCGAGUACACCGGCUCGUGAACAGUCGAGGGGGCAGGACUUUGGGGGCGCAGAGGAUGAACGUUGAGCGACAAUAGGGUCCACACUUGUUGCGCUCAAGCGUGGAGGGUUGGAAAGAACUCGGUCGGGAUUCUGUGAACGGUAACCGUACAAUGUACCAAAAGAAGGGGAAAGUGUAUGUUGUGUCA